AUGGGUGGUAAGAAGAAGAAAGGGGCCGUGGCGGCGGCGAAUGCGUCACCAUGGCCUGAUCUACCCCUCGAUACCUUCAACGACCUUGAUCUACGCGCCCAUUCGACGAAGCUACUAGAUGCAGUAUCUCAGUUGAAAUGCACUGCGGAAUCUACUAGGGGUCUCCCCCCUUUUGAGAUGUUCUGGUCGCUCCUAGGCACCGUGGAGUCCCUCACGGUGAAGGCACGCGAUGGCGACGCAGCCCAGCUUGCUAAAGAGGUCCAUGAUAUCAAAACCAUGCUCAAAGACACCGCAAAACGGAUCUCCAGCGAAACCAAGAGCAUCCAGCAUUCUCUCGACGCGCAGCGUACCCUCCCUGGCGCCCCCGGGCGCACCCCCUACCGUGCGGCUCUGCUGUCCAGCAAGGCAGAAUCCUCGCUCGUCUCCGAUUGGAUGAGACGGGCCCACACCAAUGGCUCAAUUGUAUCGGGGGGGCAUACCAGCACGGGCAGCCUGCCAGCGCCGGUUAGCCCCCAGCGAAGCGACCUGGAAAUCCACAUCCGCCGGACUGACCGCGCGGUGGUUGACCCCUUCCGCCAUAAGGAAGGCGCGCUCGUGGAGCAUGCCAACCGGGCUAUCCAGGAAUCUGGGGAGGCCAUGAUUGCCCACCGCAAGGUAUCCACGGGCCGCGUGCUCCCUAGCGGAGACGUUCUCCUGCAGGCAGAUAGCCUGGAAGAUACCGAGCGACUCACCCGAUCUAGCGCGUGGAUACGCGCGUUCGGAGCCGACGCAGCUCUCAAGAAGCAGACCUACGGGGUAGUCAUGCAUGGCGUGGACUGCCACCAACUCACUGACGGCAAGACCGCUAACUUCAUUGCGCGCCUGAAGGCUGAUAAUGCGGGCCGCCUAGCGGCCACCCCUACGGAGAUCGUCUACGCUGGCUGGCUGUACGGGCAGCGGAAGGUAGACACGGAAAAGUUACGGAGCUCCCUGGUUUUAGUGGAUUUCGAUAGCGACAGGGCGGCGAACCGGGCACUCGAGCUCGGCCUCGCGCUGGAUGGUAGGAACCACGCCUGCGCCUACUAUGACCGGAACUUUCGCCUCCAGCAGUGCUACAACUGUCAGCUAUAUGGACACAUCGCAAAGCACUGCAAGCGAACCACCGCCUGCCCCUACUGCGCGGGCAGGCACCCCCCCACUGAAUGCCCGGACGCUAGGGAUCGGGAGAAAGCCAAGUGCGCGGUCUGCGUUGCCGCCAAGCAGCCAGACGAUGCCCACUUCGCGUACGACCGAAGCUGCUCUAUCCGCGGGCACAAACAGGCCCUUAUUCGCGCAGAGAGACUAAAUGGACCCCAAUUCCAUGCCCCCGCGGCCCGAUGGGCCCUGGAGACGCCCCCAUCAUCGAUUACUAGCACCGACCCCGCGGUUAACCCAUCACCGGCGGAGGCAGCGGCUCAGACAGACACAACCUUGGUCGAUGCCCCCCUCACGGUCCCGGCACUCCCGCCCACGCGGCCCUCGAUGCGCCCCCUCACCAGGAGCAUGACGGGCCAGCCCAAGGCGCGCGCCACGGCUUCCCGCAGCAAGAGCACCCCCCGGGAUGCUCACAGGCGGGAGCCUGACGAGCCCGCAGAGAGCGUCUCUACGGGUGAGGGUAAGCGAAUUCGCCUAGCUCGGCAGGCCGGCAGGGAACGCAUGGAUGAAGAUGCCCGAUGGCAGCACCCAGAAGGUGCGUCUUUACUGCUUGAGCAUGAGGGAAUGGCCACUAUAGCCAUGGAAACGCCGGCGGAGCAGCGCCGGCGCUCCCGCUUCCAGGCCAAGCUGAACCCCGAGCUGGACCUAGUACAAUCUGAUAUCACCCCCCAGGGCAACGCCCUCUCCUCCGCAGCCCUAACUAGGGUCAGCGGAAAGAGCAGGCGCCGCAGCCAGAGAGAGAACGAAUCCGAUGACGAACUAUCUGCGGAAGUGGACCAGUUUGUUGACGCUAAUGACCACGAUACAGCUGAGCAAAGCUCUAGUGAAGGUACUAAACUAUGA